AUGCUACGCGCCCAUCGGCCACUGCCAGCGUCCCAACCCGGAACAGAUGGCCGGACGACGACUCGAUGUCUACAUUGCCGGUUCUUUCCCUUCGGACCGGGAGUCGAACAUUCUGCUACUGGCCGCGGUGUGAUGCCCAGCGUCCGUUUGGCUAUCGACCACGUCAACGAGCAUAAUGAAGUCCUGCGGAACUACCGUCUGCACAUGUGGUGGACACGGUCAGAGUGUAACGCCGCGGUAGGAGUGAAAGCGUUCUUCGACAUGAUGCACUCUGGUCCUCACAAGCUGAUGCUGUUCGGCGCUGCCUGCACGCACGUCACCGAUCCGAUAGCGAAGGCCUCCAAACACUGGCAACUGACGCAGCUCUCCUAUGCCGACACACAUCCGAUGUUCACCAGCGAGGCGUUUCCCAACUUCUUUAGGAUUGUUCCGUCGGAAAACGCUUUCAAUGCGCCGAGACUCGCUCUACUACGACAAUUCAAUUGGACCAGGGUCGGAACAGUGUACCAGAACGAACCUAGAUAUUCACUCGCCCAUAAUCGACUCGUCGCCGAAUUGGAUAUGCUGGGACUCGAAGUGGUUGAAACACAAAGUUUUACUACGGAUGUCACAGACGCGCUGUGGAAGUUGCGCAACAAAGACGUCCGGGUGAUUUUGGGCAAUUUUAACGAAAGUUGGGCUAGAAGAGUUUUCUGCGAAGCAUUCAGAUUCGAGAUGUUUGGUCGUGCUUACCAGUGGCUUAUUAUGGGAAACUAUAAUUCAGAAUGGUGGACUAAGCCAACAGACAUUAAUUGUACUGUAGAAGAAUUAACAAUUGCUUUAGAAUCGACUAUCCUGACCGAUCUGUUACCUUUGUCUACGUCGGGACACAUUACAAUCUCAGGAAUCACGGCGGACGAGUAUCAAGCCGAGUACGAUAGCAGACGAGGUAACGAGUAUUCAAGAUUUCAUGGAUAUACAUAUGAUGGAAUUUGGGCAGUGGCUAUUGCCAUACAGCACGUUGCCCAACGCGUAAAGUCUCUGAAACGUGAGCAGUCUGUGGCAGAUUUUAAGUAUCGUGAUCCUAUGUGGGGCGCUCUGUUUCUGGAGGCGCUCAAAAAUACCAGCUUUGAAGGAGUCACGGGUCCUGUGAGGUUUUAUGAUAAUGAACGUCGCGCCAGCAUUUUACUCAAACAAUUUCAAAACGGAGCUGAAGUUAAGGUUGGAGAAUAUGUACCGAACACUACUGACCAGCAUGAAAGGCUGGAUCUGGAGCUUGGCGAGCCGUUGCGCUGGAUAGGUCGCGCUCCGCCUAAGGACAGGACACUCCAUCUAGUAGAACACAGCCAGGUCAAUAUCACAAUUUACGCUGUGCUCGCUAGCUGCGCCGCGCUCGGCAUCGUUAUGGCUUCCGUGUUUCUAGCCAUCAAUAUAAACAGAAAUCAGAGGUACAUCAAAAUGUCCAGCCCGCAUUUGAACAAUUUGAUCAUAGUUGGCUGCAUGUUGACAUACCUCAGUGUAAUAUUUCUUGGACUUGAUAGUGGUCUCAGCAGCGUUCGCGCUUUCCCUUAUAUAUGCACGGCCAGAGCUUGGUUGCUUAUGGCUGGUUUCAGCCUUGCGUUUGGAGCAAUGUUCUCGAAGACAUGGAGAGUUCAUAGCAUAUUUACGGAUGUUAAAUUAAAUAAAAAGGUAAUCAAAGAUUAUCAACUGUUCAUGGUCGUAGGAGUCCUGUUAGCCGUAGAUUUAGCAAUUAUGACAACUUGGCAAGUUGCAGAUCCGUUUUACAGAGCGACAAAACAAAUGGAACCUUAUCCUCAUCCUACUUCGGAAGAUGUGCUAGUGGUGAGAGAAAAUGAAUAUUGUCAAUCUGAAAGAAUGACGAUAUUCGUAGGUGUAAAUACGCUUACAAGGACUAUUAAUGAUUUUGGAGCGUUUCUGGCCUGGGAGACACGUCACGUUUCUAUUCCCGCGCUCAAUGAUUCUAAACAUGUCGGACUAUCUGUCUAUAAUGUCGUGCUGAUGUGCAUCAUGGGUGCAGCAAUAGUAGUCUUAUCUGACCGUAAAGAUGCCAUGUUUGUUAUUAUAUCAUUAUUUAUUAUUUUCUGUACAACAGCUACGUUAUGUCUCGUAUUUGUACCAAAGAUCCAUCUAGUAGCUGUUCUAACAGAUUAG